CUAACAUAUGUUGUUGUUUUUGACUUAAUAAAAUUUGCUGUUAUAACAUCGAAUUAAUUUCAGUCAAAUGUCCGAUUUUGAGUUGUUAGUUUUAAAAAUCUGGUUCCGUAAAGAAAUUUUCUGCCGGACGUCGAAACUUGACUGACGUCGAAAGACGCUGAACAAAUACCUCAUCUGUCAUAACGUGUAAAAGAGGCCAGACCGCUUCCUGACUCUGUCAAAUGUAUUUAUAAAUACAACUCCGAUUUGGUUUCAGAUGGCGAUGUAUGACAAAGAGCCUUUGCUGGACAUAGAAUCUGGGCAGUGUCCAGGGUGCCACCAGGACUUCACAUUGGGCACCGAUGGAACUCCAACAUACCUCUCCUGUGGUCACUCUGUUUGCUUCAAGUGCAUCCAGAUAGAGUGGUGUAAAUCUGUAUCAGAGGAUGCAGACGUGAUCACUUGUCCGAUAUGCACCGACCAGAUACUCAUCUGCUUUGAUAAAGAGGCACCCAUGAAAAUUGAGGAACAACCUUUAGAAUCUGCAAGAAAUAACAUGACUGAUGUUCUAAGGAAGGCACAGAUGGACAACCAGAUUUCAGCAAGCCUUUCCGACAGUCAUACAAAUCCAGGCUGCAGAGAUGUUUUAAUCAGCCAGACAACAAACAAGUGUAGUUCACAUUUAAAUCCAACUUUGUCUGAUUCUGAUAUGGUGCAUAUGGAUUCAGAAAUAUCUUUGCCUAUCCUUGAUGGCCCAGAGAACAAGUGCCCCAAGGCUUGGACUUUGGAUGUGAUGAACCUUCAAGCUCUGCUUGAAAAAGAGACUGGUAUUUCCGGUUUAACACAACAUAUCAGCCAAGACAGUAUGUUCAGUGACCAUGGAGACAGUGAUAUUGGCACUGUACAGGAUCUUCUUAAGCUCGUGAACAUUCCAGGAGAAUCACUAUUUGAGGAUAAUAGUCUCAGUAAUUUAGAAACACACCCUCUUAUGGAUGAAACUUCAAAUUCCUCCAGUUUGAAAAAUUCAUUAUCAAGCUUUGAAUUAUCUGAGCUGUCACAAUUUCUUCAACCCCAUCCAGGGUCCUACAGCUGGCAGAUGCCAUCUUCAAAUCUGAUGAAGAGGCAUCCUGAAGAUGUUGAUAUUCAUAUUGGGGAAGAAAAUGAUGAUCAUGUUACCAGUGACUUACAACCAUUCUCUGUUGACCAGAGAGGGAUAUUUGAGACGUUGGAAGGAGGUCACCACUUUGAUGGAUUUGUUCAUACACCACAGGCACAAGGGAGGAGACAAGGCCACCACAACAAAGCAAGAAAAAAGAGUGUCUUGUCUAGAGCAGUAGAUAUUGAUAGUCUCAACUUGGAAACAAUGACAGCUGUUAAUUCCAUCGAGGUUGAUAAAGCCGCAGGCAAAUCUGAAACUGAAAAAAUACCAUCAAUGAAAGAAAGUCUCUACAAAAGAUUUUAUCCAAAGUCUAGCAAGAAGCCAUUCCGUAGAGGGCCGGUUCUAAGGACACAUGACAGAAGCUAUAGCACCAUCAGGCAAGAACACUAUCAGCAAAGUAGAGAAGAAAUCGAUAUUCCAGAUAUGCAGAUGGUUAAAAUAGUAUCUGAUGUACAGAUCCCAGAGGAAGAAGAGCCUGCUCCACCAGAAAUGGAAGAAACCAGUCGGCACAAUUAUGGAUAUGUCAAGAACUCCAUGCUCCCCAAUGGAAAUGAAAUAAAGAACCUCUAUGUUGUUCCUAAAACUUGGCUAAACAAUGAUGAAGUUGAGGUACAAUUUACACCAACAGAAUCAGACAGUGCUGAGCCCUACCAAGCAGAAUGCUCAAUGCAACCAGAGCAUGACAUGCAGAAUCUAUCAGCUGCUGUUGCAUACCCAAUGACAUGUAUCAUGCCCUCACAGCAUUCUCUACUGCAGCCAUUUUCAAGACAACAGAUUACCAUACCGAAAGUAUCACGUACAAAGCGAGACACAUCCAAAUCUAAGUCAACUGUGGGUCACACUGUCCCUGUUUCAAAGCCUGUUAGGAUAUGUCCAAAGGAAUCUGAGGACGAAGCAGAUGUAAAGUCACUCCAGUUCACAAGCCUACCUGGGACUGAUGAUUUGAUUUCAGGGGAGAGUCCAUUUGAAACGGAGAUGGUACAUGUUCGCUAUGAAAUAAAUGAUGGACAAAUAGUUUUUAUUCCAGAGCCGGCUGAAGGGUCAUCCAGUAAUGAUACAGUUGCAACUGAAAGAUAUUGUGACAAGGAACAAGGGCCACUGCUUAUACUUACAGUACAGGACAGUGAAUCAUCUGAUGGUGAGAAAUGCAAAACUGAAGACAGGAAUGACAGUGCCAAAAGCUCAGAAAUCCAGGGAUCUCUCGGGGAAGAGAAACCAGAUAAACAUAUAAUCACAAAAUCAAUCAUUCAGCCAAAUUGUUUUGAAUCAACGACACUGCAAGAAGAAAGUGUGAAAAUCAAAGACAAUAUUCAAGAUUUACAAGAUUUAUGCAUUCAAACUACACCAACCACAAAGAUUGCAGAGAGUGUACACAGUUCUGUUUCCAUUGUGCCCUCUGCAAGCAGUUCUUCUGAGAGUUGUCAGAGAGCAUUCAGCUCACCAGAGUCGAUUACACCUGAGGACAUUCUGGGGUGGCACAUGUCUCACAACAACAGCAGAAACAGUUCAAGAUGUGAACUGAGUUCAAGGAAUGAAAACCAUAUCAUAUCCCAGGGAUGCAGUGAUACCAAUUUGCAUGAUUCAGUGUCACCCUGUCAUGGUAAAAUGGUGGAUCAUUCCCAAGAUCUCAUAUUCAAUGAAGAUAUAACAUUUGAUUCUGGUGAACAGCGACCACCCUCGAUUGGGGAUGAUGAAUGUUCACUGAAACUUUAUAAAGACACUAAUGUGUCAGUGUACAAUCAAACAGUUGGUAAUAAUUUGGAUCUGUCUUCUACUGCAUCCUGUUCACUGCAAACUUGCACAGAUGGUGUUGAUUAUGGGAGUCCUCCUGAGCUGGAAAGAAUGGUCAAAUUACCCCUCCCUAAAGAAACAGACAGGGAAGAUGAUAAAGAAACAAAAUCGAUCCUUGGGUGUGUCAGCUCUACAAAAGUUUCAAGUAGUGAGAUAUUUAAUGAGGUACAACUAAGCAGACAGAAUGAAAUGACACCACCUCGUGUCAAAGCAGAAAAGAGACAAUUAGAAAUCAUACUUGAAAAACUAGCUGGUCUAAGCAAUGGGAAAGAUGUCACAUCAGAUAUGAACGAUCUCAGCUAUCAAAUUGGGAAGUUGAAUGAGAUCAACCAAAAGUUCUUUGUGCACACUGAAUUAUCCUUCUACAACCAUCAAAGCAAAAAGAUAUAUGAUAUGAUAAUAUAUCAAGUUUCGUCACUGAUUGCUUGUGAAAAGUCAGUGCAGUGUUUUGAAGAUAAUGCUGAUAUUUUAGGCAAAGAAACAGAAAAGGAGAUGUGUACCCAGAGAUACUUGUUUAAACAAGUUGUCAAGCAAGGAAUUGGUUUUAUCACUGAGCUGGUAAGCGAAUAUGAGAGGGUCCUAGACAAGUCGUCAACUGAUGGUAAUGAGCUGGAAGUCAGUAGCUCAGGACUGAAGGAUCUUGCUGCAUGUGAAGAUGAGGACUCGAAUACAGAUGGUGAUGGAAAUGGAAAUGCAGAUAGGGAUGGAAAUCUAGAUGGACCUCACAAUGGAACAACAGAUAGACAUCUAAAUGGAGAUGCAGUCUGUGUACCUGAGACAGAUGAAAGGGUAGCUGUAACUACUAAUUCACAUUGGCAAGAUGACAUCAGUUAUCCGGAUCGUUUUGAACUGAAGCCUAAAAAACAUUUACUUCUAACAACAGAGUUAUUUGAUGAAAGGUCACCAGAGCCACAAAAUAAUGAAUUGAAUUCACUACAAACAAAUGAGGAAAGUGUGCCAUUAUUAUCAGUGAUAUCAGACAGAAUUCCUCAGGAAAGACAGGGUUUACCACUUGAAGAGUCCACCUCAGAGAUGAGCCUGACAAACCAUGUGUCAGACAUUGCCCUAAAUGUUGAGAUUGGGAACGCAUCUAGCAAUGAAUCAGUCCUUCCAUCUCUGUCAGAUGUGAUGAGAACUCAUAACCACCAAGACAAGAAGGAUACUCCUGAAGAGACAGGACAAGAGAUUGUCACAUUGCAGGAUGAUAGCAAAAAUUUGUAUCCUCAGUAUUUCGGAGAAGACAAGGACAAUUCGGAUAGUAGUGAAGAUGAAAAUGAAGAUGAUGAUGAAGCCGAAGAAAAUCUUGCAGUCAGCUCUCCGGUACAGAAACAGCAGAACAAAGGGCGGAAGAGAAAGAUGCAAAGCCUAGAUGAAAAUGAUUUAGACUCGAAAAGGUCAAAGCCAAGGUCAAACUGGAAAGCAGAAAGUGGGUCAACACCUAAAAGGCAGAGGCAGAAAAGUGGCAGCCAGGCUCCACAUACAUCUUCCAAGUCUCCCGCUUCAAAUGCUGUGAAGGGAAAGAAGAAGAAGGUGAAGAAGAAAGACAUAUAUGCAUCUUCUUCAGAGGAAGUUAUACCUCCUCCAAUAAAGCGAGGCUUCCAGUACACUGAUGCAUGUUUCAAGGUUUUCAACACUGUGUACAAUCACGAGGGAAGUGACCCCUUCUGCAAGGAGAUCAAAUCUAAAGAUGUCCCUGACUACUACAAGGUGGUCAAGCGUGCCAUGUGGCUAGAUCUCAUUGCCCACAAGUUGAGGUCAAGUAGGUACGAGCGUCUUGAAGACUAUGUGGCCGACAUGAGGCUCGUCUUCAUGAAUAGCCAUCGCUUUAAUAAGGAAAACACAGAAGUCUAUGAGUCCGGUAUCACAUGUGAGAAACUGUUUGAGAAGAAAUUAGCGGAACAGUUCCCGGACAAACAGCUCUAAGAGUGGAACGGUUACUGUCCCGGGUACGUAUCGGUCAAGCAAUGGCAUAACCAAGACUUCACUUGUAAUGGUCAAGCUUGGCCAUAAGGAAGAUAUGCAAUGGUCAGGUUGGACAUAAGGUAGACACGACGCUUUAGAAUGGGACGACCAAGCAUGGCAAGAAGAGCCAGGAGUCAGAUGAACGCGUGUGUUAUUGUACAUCCUGCAAUAAUCUCAUUCUUGAAGCUGCAACUGUUAAAAGGACUCAUUUUGAGAAGUCUUCGUUUAUGGCUGUAAAAUACAUGAGAGGCAAUUAUUCACCGAAUCGUUUUUAGAUCAACUGAUAGCGAUUUGCAGAUAUCAAAAUGCAAGAUAGGAGUGUAUAUGUACAUAAUAGACUGGAAGUAUGGUUUCUUCACGAGUUGGACACUUGUGAUAUCAACAUAUCUCAAAAUAUUAAUACUAAAAUGAUUAUUUCAAAGAAGAGUAUCACCUGAAAUUGUAUGAAAGAGUUUGAAUUUUUAUCAGUUAAUUCUUUUUAUCGCAUCGGCAAUAUACCAGCAUUAUGACGAUGGACUUUAAAAAAACGACCCACGGUUAAUAAUACAGAUUCAGUGAAGUCUAAAAUGUUUUCUUUUGAUUUUAAUAUUAUUGUUAUUAGAUCAGUUUUUAAUUAUGCUUUAGUGGUUAAAAUGCAAGUAAGUAAAUUGAUUUGUUGUCUCUGCUGUUUGUGUGUCUACGAUAACAAUUUACCGGUUUGUCAAUUUUAAAGGAAAUUAAUAUAACGCAACAUCAAACGAUACUUUCGUGUUAUAUCCAAUCAUUGACAAUGACUACAGCACACCAAGGCAUACCGAUUUAGUUCAGAUUUCCAUAAACCAUAUGGAAUAUUGUUCUGCAGUCGGAUUUUAAGGUCUUUCUGAGAGCAAAACAAUGGGUUUUUCAUGUGAAAGGAGUAGUCAUUCGUAUUAUCCACAUGCCCGACUUUUGUGUUCACCCAUGGAUGUAUUCAAGACACAAAGGGACAAGGUAUGAUUUUGAAGUGAUUACAAUGUUAUAUUCUUAACUGAUCCUUGAAGUUAACCGAAUAAGUCAAAGAUAGAUACGCCAAUGGUGUUUGUCAUUAUGCUUCAAUCAACUGGCUAUCGAUAUUGUUUUGCAUUUUGUAUUUAUGAAUAAAGUAUUCAUGUUU